CUGGGAGUGAACCGGAAGUGUAAAGGCUCCGGCUGCUUCUCGGCCAGGCGGAACCUGUUCGGCUGGGCCUGGUGGCCGCAAGAGAACUUUCUCCCGCCCUCACGGUUGCCGCGGCCAACGGCCUCGCCCGCCUGGCAGCCUCGCCCACCUUCUCUCCUUCUCCCCGCAGGCUCGGCGCGCUCCGGUCUCCCUCUCGCCCGGCGGUAUCCGCUUGCCGCCGCCACCGCCACCGCCUCCUCGCCUUUUGCCCCGCCAUCGGGCCCGCCCCGCUGCAGUAAUGUGCGACAAGGAGUUCAUGUGGGCCCUGAAAAACGGAGACUUGGAUGAGGUGAAAGACUAUGUGGCUAAGGGAGAAGACGUCAACCGGACACUAGAAGGCGGAAGGAAACCUCUUCACUAUGCAGCCGAUUGUGGGCAGCUUGAAAUCCUGGAGUUUCUGCUGCUGAAAGGAGCCGAUAUUAAUGCUCCAGAUAAACAUCAUAUUACCCCUCUUCUGUCUGCUGUCUAUGAAGGUCAUAUUUCCUGUGUGAAAUUGCUUCUGUCAAAGGGUGCUGACAAGACUGUGAAGGGUCCCGAUGGACUGACUGCCUUUGAAGCCACUGACAACCAGGCCAUCAAAGCGCUUCUUCAGUGACGGACGGAUGGGCUGUCAGCUCCGGAAGAAGGACUCUCCUGUGGCCUCACACUGCUGCCUGUCUGUCUGUCACUCUAUCUGCCAGCUUCUUCAGCUAAAUACUUUAAGAGGGAUGAGGGGAGGGAGAAAUUCCUAACAAAUCAGACUACCCGAAAAACACAGUGUUUAGGAGGAGAGGGAAAGAGCCAUGAUCAGGUUUUGCUCGCAUUCCUGAUCAAGUCGGUCUCUUUUCCUUUUCCAGUAAAAUAUACAGUUUAUACCCGAGGGAGAGCAAAGACAAAACACAGCGGUCCCAUUGGACCUUUCCAGCUCCCCAGCUCAUUGAUUGAUUAGAUUGUGUCGAGGGUCUGAUGAUACAAAGGCCAACUCUACAAACUUGGUAGCCCUGGCUGUGCGAGCAGUAGUGGCUGCUGGGAUGUAACUUCGGGUGCUGAGAUAAGCAAUUCGCUAUAUAUAGCCUUCUGCCUUAAGAUGCGCUCUGUGGGGGUCUCCUGGUAUAGGUGAGAGCGCUGCCUGGGGCAGGUGACCGAACCUUCCCUGGGCCACUCGGCUUCAUGCGAAAGCUCAGUGAAGGUGAGGGGGACAUGCUCCUAAAUUGCUGGGUGACUGAACUUUGGAUUUCCUCUCCCCUUUCACAUGCAUUUCAUGCAUCUUUAGGUAAAACUGACUAGUUUUAUUUAUAAAAGCUUCAAUUUUGAAAGUCUAAAGGAGAAAUCAUUCCAGUAUGCGUAUUUUUUUUUCUCCUCUAGAUUCACACAUUUAUAUAACAUUGAAAACACUUUCCAACUCCUGCUGGUAGUAAAGGGGAUUUAAAAACAGAACCAUAGCCAUACGCCUGUUAGUGUCAGAUAAAGAAAGGGCAGUUGUCUUAGUACCUCUGGAUUUUCUUCAUUGCUCUUUGAAUGGAUUGGCCUCGGUUAUUUUUGGAGAAUCAAGGAACACGGUUUGGAAUGGCUCUCAGACCCAUCUUGGAUGCUGAUUACUUACUGCACCAAAGUGAUCACUGGGGUGAGAUUUGCUACUUGGACAAAUUUAACCCCUUCAAAAAUAUGCUUGUUACCAGGUUUCCCUGAGUUGAUAAACUUCUGCUGAACAUAUGCCAACCCAUCUGCAUAGUAUAUUUUUGUUUCUUUUCUAAAUCAUGUGUUGCAUAAAGUGACACCUUCAAAACGAAUUCUGUGUCCUCAAAAUACAGUGCCCUAAAAUGGUGUUCUUAUAACCUGCAGAAAAUAUUUAGGCACAUUUUCAAAUGUGUAUUUCAUGAGCAGUAUGACUAAAACACAUACCCUUAAAUUUUGCUAUCUUGCAUUUAGAAAUAUUAAGAUUCUUUUGACUUAACCAUCCAUAUAACCUUACUAAAAAUAUUAGGCUUUUUUCCUUAGCCAUGCCAUGCAAUAAUUGAAUGUACCUCAAAUUUUUAAAAGGGGGAGGGUGGGUUUAGGGACUUGUAUUCAGAUUAUGGAUGAUAAAAGAAUGAUUUUUUUAAGGCAAUGUAGCAUUCGACAGCAGAGUUAAACUAGUACCAAGAACAGUCAGCCUGGCUAAUAACGAAUCUUAUUGAUCAGUUGCUGAUUGGUUGGUUGGUUGUGUGUGUGUGUGUGUGUGUGUGUGUGUGUGUGUGUGUGUGUGUUUUCCCCAUGAACCCUUUUUUUAUCCUGUGGCUUUUUCACUUACAACUAACCCUGUAAUUUUUCUGCAUCCAAGAAAACAAUUUAAAACGGUGGUUUAAAUACUUCGAUAUAUUUGGCUAAUUCUGCUGCCUUAGUGCAGCCUGUCGAGUUGGAUGAAAAGUCAGUAAUCAGUACUUUAUUACAUCACUGAUCUGAACCUCGGAGCCGUCCUCACUGAAGCUGGGGGCACUCUGUCCGUCUUUAACUGUCAGCAUAGUGACCAGGUGUUUCGAUAUCUUUGUUUCCACCUCUUGGCACAGUGCCGUCUGAAAGGCUUGGAUUGUACCUUCUACAGGACGCACCUUUCCAUCCCAAGUGUUUUGUUGUAGUUGGCUACUGCAGAGAGCGGUCUGCCCUUUCAUUCCUACACCGGCUCUGCUUCCUCCAGUCUCCUGGCACAGCGGCCAGGGGGCCUGUUUUGUACAGUAGUUUAUCCUGAUGUUUCUUGUCACGCAGCAGAGGCUCCUUCGCCUUUCUUCUUUCUCCGCCAUUUUGUAAACCCCAUAAUUAUGAAGAGGUUGCUUGAGAAAAUAACAUAUAAACCUAGAAUAGACUGACCAAGAUGGUUUACAAUUUCUUCUUUUUUAAACUAGUUUAUUUAUAAUGUAUUUCUGAACCACUUGGUAGAAAAAUUCACAACACUUAAAUGUUCAUAUUUUGAGUAAAGGAAGCUAAAACCAUGUCUGCUUUUUGGUACUACAUGCAUUAGUGAAAGGUUAAGCAUUGUUUUCCACUGAGGUAAUAUUUCACAUCUCAGCAGAACCCCUGCAUGUGCUGUAGUUUUGUAUUCAGUCAUUUCGUAUGCACUAUAGCAAGUGAACACAGGUGGUUUGCCUGUUUGCAUUCAUAUACUAACCAGUUCCCCCUUGCAGCUUCAGACUGGUAUCUGUAGGCUUCUAGUUCAAGUACAGCACCUGAGUGUACCCAAGUAGUUCUGCAGUAGCUCACCUUCUAAACCCAGCGGGGCACGAAGGAGAGAUAGGUAGGUAGGUGCAGUGUGUGGAAGCUGCAAGCCAGCGGACCCUUUAUUCACUGAUUUCUUUCUCCCAGAUAAUGGGUUUUAAAUCUCUAUGUACCUAUUUGAUUUUUUUCCCCUACAACUUCAACCGAGCUGCUGUUUUCUUCCAUGCAACAUUGUACGCUCGGUUGUGUAUAGAAGAAGCUGGUGAGAGUGCCCUCCUACAUAAGCAAUUGCAGUGUUGUGCAUGCAAAACUUAAACGGUUUAAAUUGUCCUGAUUCUAUUUUGUAAAUGGAGAAACAAUCAUAUCUUUCUAAGCAGUAAUGGAGGAAGACUAGUGCUUUGUGCAUUUUGAUAUAUUUGAGUUCAUUUUUUCCACAAUGUAAUACUUUUGACACAAUUGGGUUUCUCAUAUUAUCCUAGUUCAUGUACAUCAGAAUGCUAAAUAAUACUGUGUUUAAGUUUUGUGUUGCAAGAACAAAUGGAAUAAACUUGAAUUGUGCUACA